UCCUUAUUAUUUAAUUUAUUAUUACGGCGAUUCAAGAAGAACGAAGUAAACAGCAGUCUUUAGUAAAACCGCGCAUACAGCACAAGUACAUUAAAUUAUUGUUCUGAAUUUACCGACCAAACUGUUCUCGUAUAAUAUCCUUGGAAAAUGCGAUGUGUAUCAAUAACUAUCUUCCUUGCGGCGCUUGUGGCCGCUGCUGACCACCGCGAUGCACCGGAAGAAUGGGUAAACGCGCGGUAUACCAGCAAGGCUGUUGCCGUUCUCUUUAAGUCGGAUACGGUGCACGGUACAGUUGUCUUCGAAGAGGAGCACCAUCGUCGGCGCACGCACAUUUCCGGGAACAUUACGGGGCUCGCACCAAACACGCAACACGGCUUCCAUGUGCACACCUUCGGUGACAUCAGCCAGGGCUGCGCCAGUGCCGCUGCUCACUACAAUCCUCUCCGUCAAGAUCAUGCCGGACCGCAAGAUGUUGCCCGGCAUUUUGGAGAUCUCGGAAAUAUCCAGUCCGAUGCCCAAGGCACUGCUCAGCUGAACAUCACCGACCACAUCGUGACGCUGGUCGGUCCCAGCAGUGUUAUUGGACGGAUGAUUGUCGUGCACGAGAAACAGGAUGAUCUCGGUCGCGGCGGGAAUCCGGAGAGUAAGAUUAGCGGAAAUGCCGGGGCUCGCAUUGCUUGUGGAAUCAUCGGUCUGGCCAAUUCCACAACUUCCAUAGAUGGAGAGUUUGACCACAAUGCCGCAUCGUUUCUUGGUAAAAAAAAGAGCACCAGUUUUUUUAUCCACAUAUUUAUCCCUGCAGUUUCGGCGCUGAUAUCGACGUUCCUUUUCUACCAUUAAUUCCGAUUGUUUAUACAGUUAGGCAGCUAAUUUCUCAUUAAUGUGACUAUGACCAGUGUUAGUUUUACGUUUUAACUCUGGUAGUUCUGAUUUCUAAACCAUGAUUCUGUGAAUCAUGCAGAAAUGUUUCAUGUUGUGCGGUUCCGUAUAUAUACCAUAAAAAUUCAUAUUGUAAAGAAGGCUUCCUUUAUGGACUACAGUGACGUCAUUCCGGGUUGUAUUUGCUACACCA